AUGUCCAUCGCACAUCUCCUUUCUGAAGCUUCGCUGUAUCACCUCAUCGGCGUGGCGGUGAUCACGCCUCUCCUCACAGGGGCCAUAAUUUACUUCCUCAAUGUGCCAAACUCGCUUAAGGAUGGUCGUCGCCGUCACCUCCCACCAGGACCGAAAGGCUAUCCUCUCAUCGGCAACAUGCUCGAUCUAGCCGACUCGGACCUGGUACGCGGCAAAGCUCGUGCGUGGGCGAAAAAGUAUGGCGAUGUGUUUUACACGAAGAUCGGCGGUACUGACUACGUCUGGCUCUCCUCGCCAAAAGCCGUGAAAGACCUGAUGGAUAAGAAAUCCAACAUUUACUCGUCACGAGCGGUUCUUCCCCUUGCCCAAGAUGUUGCUAGUGCAGGUCGCCGGCAGCUGUUCAUGCCCUAUGGACCACAGUGGCGUCAACUACGGAAGGCCUCUCACUUACUUCUCAAUGCUGCCUCCGCUGUCAAGUACGAGCCGGUUCAGGACUUUGAAUCGAAGCAGCUCAUGACGGAACUUCUUGAGUCGCCUGACCAGUUCUACCACCACAACCGUCGCUACUCGUCAUCCGUCAUCAUGCUCGUGACCUACGGCUAUCGUGUACCCAAAUGGGAAGAUCCCCUCAACCAGAGCAUUUACAAGGUCCUGGACAAUCUGACGGAGAUGACGGCACCUGGCGCACACGCCGUCGACAGCUUUCCCUCGUUCGCCAGCCUUCCCGAGUGGAUGCUCGGAAACUGGCGCACAUUUGGGAAGAAGGUCUUUGAGCACGACAGCAAGUUCUAUAUGGGGCUCUGGGAGAAGCUGAAGAAGGACGUGGACGCCGGGACCGCGCGCGACUGCUUCUGCAAGAGCUUCUACCUCAACAACCCGGAAAAACAGGGUAUCGACGAUCUCCUUGCGGCCUACACGUGCGGCGGACUGGUGGAAGCCGGGUCCGAGACCACGAGUACCACUCUGAACAACUUAUUCCUGGCUUUGACGCUCUUCCCGGACGCGGUCACCAAGGCGCAUGAAGAGCUGGACCGCGUCGUAGGCUCGGACCGGAUGCCGACCUUUGAGGAUGAGAAGAACCUUCCCUACAUCAGGGCAAUGAUCAAAGAGGUCCUGCGCUGGCGGGCCGUGAACAAAUUCGGAAUGGUCCACGCGACCAGUGAGGACGAUUGGUACGAAGGCCACUUCAUCCCCAAGGGAACUGUAGCCGUUCUCAACUGGUGGGCCAUCCACAUGAACCCCGAGAUCCACCCAGAGCCCGAGAUCUUCCGCCCAGAGCGGUUCCUCGACAAGCCCCUCUCCGCCGCCGAGUACAUCAACGUGAGCGACCCGUACGGUCGCGACCACUUCACCUACGGCGCCGGCCGACGCGUCUGCCCCGGCGUCCACGUGGCCGAGAAAUCCCUCUUCAUCAAUGCCGUGCGCACCCUCUGGGGCUUCAACAUCUCUAAGAAGCGCGGCCCCGACGGGAAGCUCGUCGAGCCCGAGCAGGCCAUGGUCCGUGGCUUCCUGUCCGUCCCGAAGCCGUUCGAGUGUACCAUCACGCCGCGCUCGGAUAAGCACGCGCGCAUCAUCCGGGAAACGUUCGCCCAGGCUGAGAAGGAUGGCAUCAACUUCUGA